AUGUAUGCUUUAUUAGAAUAUGAGGGUAUUUCCAACAUUUAUAUCCUUAUCGUAUGCCUUUUACAGGACAACGUUUUGUACACAACCCAAGAAUCCGAUUCUCAUGCCCUAUUUAUGGAGCUGUCUCGUUUGUUAUUUGAUGGAACUCCUGAUUUACACUUAGCAAAUUUCCUUCACAUGAUCACAACCAUGGCUGAAUCAGGUUCUACUGAGGAGCAAACAGAGUUUUUCAUCUUGAAUAGCCAAAAGAUGCCUAAGCAUUCUAAUGAAGAAUCUAUUUGGUCCCUCCCAUCCAUACCUUCACGGACAAAGAACGAUCACUCCAAACAAGUUUUGAUUCGACAAAGUCCAAAAAGAAGGCUGGAAAUGACUCAAAUUGGCCGCCUGUGGAUUGGAAAACUGCACCUGGUUUUAGUUAUGCUCGUUUAAAUGGUUUUAAGACUCAGGCAACAGCUGCACAGCCUAGCGGCAGCCCACGGAAGGAUGAUUCUGAAGGCACAGUCAUGGAAACUGAUAAUGUUCCUAUCUCAAUUGAAGAUGAUUGGACUAUUGCAGAUGAUUUUGCAGCAGCUUCAAAAGCUUUAGUUUUGUCAGCCAAUUUGGAAAAUCAGUCUGGCAAUGCUUGCAAUUCAACUUAUUCUGAUCAGUCUGGCCAUGCU